ACCAUCCCCUAUACUAUACCCACAUAUCUCUCUCUUUCUCACUCACCUCCCAACUCCAAACAACACCCCUCCCCCUUUCUCUCUGAUCUCUCUCUGUGAUCUCUCUCUCUCUCUCUCUCUCUCUUUCUCUCUAUAUACAAUCUUGUAAACCAGAUCAACCCUACCCUAUCCCCUCUCUCUCUAUCUCUCACACACAUAGAAGCUUCACUUUCUCUUGUCCUUGUUUUGGAUGAAGGAUUUUCACUUUUGAGUGAGCCAUGGAGAGGAACGAGGUGAUAAAGAUGGAGGAGACCAUUGGAUCUUCGUUAUUUUCUGAUCAUAUCUCAGAAGGUUAUCCAUUUUCGGGCAUAUUUGAUUUCUCUGAAGGUGAAAAGAACUCCUUAGGGUUUGUGGAGUUGUUGGGUAUUCAGGACUAUAGUCCAUCUCUGUUUGAUUCGCCACAGGCACCAUCUAUGGCUCCCUCGGCUCCACUUCCGGCUACUACAGUGAAAGAGUGUUCUGAGGUCCUGAAUCAGCCUGCUACCCCUAACUCAUCCUCGAUUUCAUCCGCAUCGAGUGAGGCAGUAAAUGAUGAACAGACUAAAGCUGUAGACCAGGAAGGAGAGCAACAAGAAAAGGCCAAGAAACAGUUGAAACCCAAGAAGACAAACCAGAAGAGACAGAGAGAACCGAGAUUUGCGUUCAUGACAAAGAGCGAGGUUGAUCACCUGGAAGAUGGGUACAGAUGGAGGAAGUACGGUCAAAAGGCUGUGAAGAACAGCCCCUAUCCUAGGAGUUACUAUCGUUGCACUACUGCCUCCUGUAAUGUGAAGAAACGUGUGGAGCGAUCCUUCACAGAUCCAAGUAUUGUUGUUACUACCUAUGAAGGGAAGCACUCCCAUCCAAGUCCAGUCAUGCCUCGCCAUAGCCUUGCCGGAGUUCCACCGGGCUCGGGGAUCUCCGCCGGAUAUGCCGCUGCUAGCUUUGAUAUGCCAAUGGCAAGAACCCUAUCUUACUGUCAACAACUGCGCCAACCAUCCUUUAUCAAUACCUCGUCGCCUUCGAAUUUUGCUUCUGAUGGUUUAAUAUUAAACCCUAGUGGUUUACGUCGUGACAUUCGGUUUUGCACCCCGGGUUCUGCUUUUCUCAGAGAUCAUGGGCUUCUUCAAGACAUUGUUCCCUCGCAUAUGCUGAAGGAAGAAGAUCAGUAGAGAAGAGAUCAUUAACCAAUUACUACUCCUUUUUAUGUUGUUUUGUUGAUCACUGACUUUGUAGGAAGAUGAUCAGAAAGCCCCACAUUCCUGGUAUGCAAUCUUCUUGCUGACAGGAUUGGAUCUUUCUUGUAGAACCCACUUCUCAUUGUACACAUGUACACGGAUGAUUGUCGCUGUUAACAUGCGAUUCUUCUUUAUCCAGUGCAAGGACUCGUUUCUUAA